ACGGACCUAGGAGCGCCUCCACGGGCCGCGACCGCGCGUCGUCCUCCGUCUCGAAAUCGAGGUUCCAGGGCCGCGCGUUGUCGACGACAUCGUCGGCCAUAGCUCGCGGCCGCCAAUCAAGAAAGCGAAAGCGCGCCAAUGGUGAGGUUCACCGUAUCUAGGCGUGAAGCAAACAGCCGCGCUAUGGAGCUCGGGUUCCACAUUAAGCAAGUCGACAUAAACGACUCCCUCCUGGCGAUCCACGAUGGCGUCGAGAUGCGGCGGACGCUCGCCGGCCUCGUCAAGGUCUCCGACUCGUUGUCCUCGGAGCAAUCGGAGAUCGUCCACGACUUCUACUUCUACCUCUUCGCCUUCAGCCGCGAGAACCGCUUCAGCCACGAGAAGACGUCGACGCUGCUGUCGAUCUGCCGCGACGUCUUCGACGGGGACAUGGGCACGAACGACCCCGCGAAGCACAUGGGCACGUCCUUCGAGCGCCUCGAGGGCAUGCUGCUGCGCCACGCCGUCUUCCGGCCGCCCAAGUCCAUCGGCGUCUUCGACGAGGGCGACGUCCGGUCGAUCCUGAAUUUCAUGCUCCACAACUACUACCGCCACUGGCGGCUCUACAAGGUCUGCUUCACGCGGCGGCUCCAGUGCACGUUCACGCAGGUGCUGCCCUUUGGCGUCGAGGAGCCCGCGGCGUACCGGCCAGCGUACCGGCCCCUCGUCGAGCUCCUGCCCCUGGGCGAGGCGCCGCCGGCGGUCCUCGAGCCCGAGCCCGAGCCCGAGGAGGAGGGCGGCGAGGCCGAGGACGGCGAGGCGACGGGCGAGGAGCCGCCGGCGGACGAGGCGCGCGCGACCUCGGCCGGCAUCUUCGACGGCUCGUGGCACCACUUCGCGGGGACGGCCCGGAGCUCGGGCACGUGGCGCUUGAUGAACGUGCCCUGCGGGUCCUGGUCCUUGGCCUGCUUCGUGACGCUGUAG